AUGGUCAUCACGGCCGAAGAGUCCGAGUUCCCACACGUCCCCAAGAUCUGGAUCCCGGAGCGGAUGGACUUCAAGGGCGAGGCUACAAUCUCGAAUUUUGUCGAAAAUGAGGCCUGCAUCAACGAGUGCACGCUGCGCUUCGCGCCCAUGAGGCCCUCAAGCACAAACCUGCAGAUGCUGAUCCCGACCGCGAUGAUCAACGACGCGAAGCCCGUCAUCAAGUUUUAUGCCCAGGCCUACAGGGCCAACGACGCCAACGCGCCCAACCAGGUCCUCGACUACAGCACCUGGACCGGCUUUUCAAACAGCCCCAACGUGCAGAGGCGUUCGAUCCUCGAGAGGAGGGUCACGUGCCCGGCCACUUGCCGUGCCAAGAAGGCCGCUCGUGCUUCGGCCAAGGCCCCUUCAUCGUCUGGUCUCAAGACUUCGAGCCCUGCUGUCUCUAAGCCCCCAUCUUCCGCUGCUAUCUCUCGGCCUCCUUCUUCUGCUGGCUCCAGGACUCCGGGAUCUGCUGUCUCUAAGCCUCCCUCUUCUGCUGCUGUCUCUAGGCCUCCCUCUUCUGCUGCUGUCUCUAGGCCUCCCUCUUCUGCUGCUGUCUCUAGGCCUCCCUCUUCCGCUGCUGCCUCUAGGCCUCCCUCUUCCGCUGGUGUCUCUAGGCCCCCUUCAUCAGCUGGUUCCAGGACUCCAGGCUCUGCCGGGUCCAAGCCUAUUGGCUCCUCGCAGGGAACUACCAGGCCCUAA